CAAAAUCUCUACAUAUAAUUUUGGUCUUUUAUUUUGAUCUGGAAAAAUUAGCAGUCAAUUCAGGUGUUACCAUAUCACCGCAAUAUAAUGCUCAAAGCAUGUGGCGCAUAUGUCAAAACGCUCAUCUACAGACAGUCUUGGCCAAAAGCAGGCAUCGCCAGUUCGCCGCCGAGCUAAAUCGCCUUCAGAAGACCAAGGUGACAUGGCCUCCCGCAGCUCCACCCUGUGCACAUCAGCAUAUUAAGCGGAAGUCGCUUUCCGAGCGACUUUCCGAACGAAGGUUAAGGACUCCUGCACUGUAUAAAUUAUUACACAGCGAGCUGGAUACUUCUGGCCACCAUCAGACGUCAGAAAAUUUUACAUCUUGCGUAAGUGCCACGUCAGUCAAUGAUCCUGAAUUAAGACAAUCUUGUGAUCAAAAUUGCAAUGAAGAAGAAUUGGCUUCCAUGUGCUUGCAACCAGGAGUUCUGAAACGAAGGGAUUUCAACUCGCCACUAAUCCUGGACACAAGCACAUAUGCUGGGAGUGUUAGAGAUGCCUUAAUGCCUAGCAUAAAUAGGGACUCAAAUUCAUCGUAUCGCAGUUGUGUCGGUGAAUCACGCCAACAAACCGCUAACCAAUCACGAUCUGCGUGCUCAUGCGAAGAUCUCAAAUAUAUUAGUCGAAAUACACGAAAAUUAACAUCAGCUGGACCACCAAGAUCAAUUGUUAGUCGCUUAAGAGAUUUGUUAAUGGACAGGCCCACAGAUAAUGACUCCUCAAAUGGAAAUAGAAACCCAAAAAAGCAACGUGAUGGUAAAACUACUCAUAGAAAUCCGCUGAUGCAGCAUAAGGAAGUGCAAUGCAAGCCCCAGAGUGAUGUAUUCUACGACUGUGAAGAGCCACCGGCCUCUGUUAGAGACAGCUGUUUCACAUUUGCAGAAAGUAUCAGAAACAAACUAAUGAGUUCAAAUCAGCAGUCUAUAGAAUCUGCCCCUUCAGCUGCCAUGAAAAAUCAACGCGUUAGAUUUGGACUAGACCAUACAACCUCAGCUUUCAAUAGAAAUGAACCCAACAUAUGCCUAUUUAGUGAACACGAUUUUAGACCAACUCAGCUACCACCAAAAGCUGCUUGCAACUACAUGGACUACAAAACUAAAAAAGGAAUACCGCAUAUAAACCCCUUCUCAUUUAACCAACCGUUGAUGUCAAUUCCUGCUGUUCAGAAUACUUUUGAUAAUUCUGGUGCCGAUUGCUUGACAAAGCGCAGACCGCAAAAAGUUCUGUCUGAGACAAGUCUCUGUCAUUCAACAGAACUUUUUGAUGCUGUUAGGAAAAACUCUCAAGAGCAAUGGCGCCAACAUUAUCAGACACCCACUGAGAAAAUGCAAGCAGCCUACAGACAACUCCAAGGCUGGCAGAAGUAUCAAGGUUUCGCAACAUCUCCUUCCAUUUCUAGCCAAUUCUCCCCAAGUAAGGAGCGAAAGUUAGAUCGUAUAAUUCAGUAUGCCACGCAGAUGCAAGAGAAAAAUAAUUUAAGAAAUCAAAAAAGAUAUCUUGCUAUGAACUUUGACCGAAAGGACCCGCAAUGCCAAGACUCGCAAAAGCAUCGACCAAACGGUGAGCCAGUUGAAAGUGAACCCUCUCUCUGUACAAAAUCUGUACUCACAGAGCAGAGAGCCUCAACUUUGCAGAAGACAAAGCGGCUUAUUAGUAAAAAGCUAGGCUGGGAGCAACCAAAGCCAAAAGCUAAAGUAAAGAAGGAAAAAUUCGAUAAGCGUACGAAAAAGCAGCUAGAUGAAGAGUUAUCAAAAACCUUUGAAGAGCUCUGGAAUAACUAUCAAGCGAAGCAGCAGCAAUCCCGGCAGUUAGAACGUAUACAGUACAACACUGUGUUUAGUCCAAAACCUUGUCCUGAAACUGAAGAAGUUGUCUAUAUCGCACCAACCAAUUCCUCAGAAGACACUCUUAAUACUAAGUGCACUGUGCUAAAGCAAACAAUAAGUUCAGCUCAAAUUGAACCCUUUUAUGUGGUACAACAAAUUGAUAACAUAAUAACGCAAUGCCAGGAACUCAAAGCUAAAUAUGCAGCAACUGUGAAUAGAAAACGGUUACGAGAGCAGCCAAAGUAUUGCCCAAAGAACAUUACUAAAAAUGCAAAUGCUGAAAAAAUUGAAGAAGAGAACACUACACAGAAAUCGCCGGAAAAUAAAAAAGAAUUGAGAAAGCCAGAGCUGCUUAAAAAUUGUCAAAAGGUAAUAAAGAAGAGUCGACACUGUGAAGAUGCAACUAAAUAUGAAACGAAAAAAAAUGAUCUACAAAAAAUGUGUAAAGGGUUUUUGGAUAAGAAAUUGCAACAUGAAAAGGAGUUGGAAGCUACCAAGAAGUGCGAGGAAGAGCAAUGCAAACAUAUUGAUGAGCUGGCAAGCAAGUUUAAAGCAGUAGAAUCUACAAAAAAUGAGAUAGUUGAUAUGUGCAAAGAACAACAAAAAUUAACAAAUGCAGAGCUGGUGAAAAAAUGUGUUGAAAAGGCGAACAAACGCAGGCUUGAUGAGCUCACUAAGAAAUGUCGGGAAAAAGAAGAGCUUUUAGCCAAAAGAUGCGAAGAUGAAAGAAAAAAGAAUCUUCAGCUGGUUGCCAAGACAUGUAAGGACAAAGGAGCCAAGCCCAAGCAGCCUGAAUCUCAAGGUCACCAAGAUCAAGAGGCAUUUGACAUAAGCUCAGUCUAUACACAGGUUGAAGAAAGAGUUGCUCAGCUAGAAAAAGAUUUUGUAAAGUCAGCGCAAAGUCGAAAACAAGAUGCUGCAUGCGCAGAAAAAAAACUUCGACAGAAACUCGCCGAAAAUGUGAAAAAAGGGUGUAUAGAACUCGAAAAGAUCGAUGCCCAAAGGUAUAAUAAGGGAACUCAAAAGAAUGUUUGCCACAUUAAGAAGGAUGAUGAUCCCAAGAAGAACGUUGACAUGUCGAAAAAGGAUAACGGUGUAUCUGAUGAGCAUAAAACUACCGAUGGUAAGAACACUAUAGAUAAGUUUUCAUUGGCUCCUCCAAGGAAAAAGGACGAUGGCUUGCUUAGUACUCCAUCGCAAAACGAGAGUGCAAUCAUCAGCGAAGGCAUUUUGAGUGAUCCGAUGAAAAUUCCUUUAUCCAACCAACAUUUGGAUGAUAAGUUUUAUUUUUUGAAUGUGCCAAAUCGCCUGGAUCUACAAAGCCCUACACCGUCGAUAGUCAGAGUUUUUCAGAGCGACAAUUCCGAAAUAAGCUCACUGAAAGACUGUUCCCAAGGGCAGCACGAUUUUAUCAUAAAAGAGUUUGUGGAAAAUAUGAGAAGCCAUAAUAUAAACGACUCAUUAAUAUGCCAGUGGGUGCGAAAGUUUUCCAAGCUACCGUUGCAACUAAGACCUGGAUCCAAAAUCUUAUUACCCUUGCCCCACUCUAAGGAGGGCUUCUUCAUUGGCGAAAGCGAAACUGCUUUGCCAUUGGAAAUGCCCGAGCUUAAUGUGGAACAAGGGUAUGAAGACGACGUACAAGAUGAGUGAUGAAAAUAACAAAAAAUCUGUGAAAUUUAAUUAUAUGUUUGUCCGUUUGAAAUAUUUUAAGAAAGUCCGAAAAUAGUAUACAGACCAGAAUGACAA